AUGUCAUCUGGAUUUGCUGAACUUCCCGGAUUCGAAUCCAGCCAGGACUCGAUUAUCCCUGCUUGGGUCUCGUAUCCAUGUGCUCCAGAAUUAGAAGUUGGUUUGUCACCCAAAGACAAUUUGUAUUUGGAAAGUGACUAUAAUGAAGUACAAUCACUUCUUGACUCACCCAAUAAUGACACUUGUGAAUAUACCUUGGGCUUGCCAGAAAUUUGCCAGGAUAAAAAUGAAUUUGUCCCAAGAGUGUUUGAAAUGCCUAAAAGCCAUGUGGAAAAUGAUGACUGGAUUCAAGAAUUUUUGACAAAACUGCAGGACCCAAAAACUCCUCUAGACAUGCCAGAACUUGUGCACAGUAAUGCCGAACCUCCUCUGGAACCUCAGGAAGACUUUGAUGUUAAUCUUUUUAAGUUUAUGGAUAGCCAGUCUAACUUUCUACAAGAAGACAAAAAAGAAGGAGAAAAUGAAGAAAAUGAAGAUAAUGAAGAAAAUGAAGAAAAUGAAGAAAAUGAAGAAAAUGAAGAAAAUGAAGAAAAUGAAGAAAAUGAAGAUAAUGAAGAUAAUGAAGAAGAGUUGAGUCAAGAGGCUACAUUUGUUCCCAUUACCCACAUUCCGCGCAAACCCCUACCCCCGCGUACAUCUAGAAAGCCACGGGCCGUUGCGGACAAGAUGCGCAUCAUGACGACAAUAAACCGGUAUUUUGACCGGCACAAUUUGGGCAUUUACACAUCUCGGGAUGUUUUCCAAAUUGCUGCCGGGCUCAAGAAAAUUAGACACCCCUCCUGGUUUAUAACGCCCACUGCUUUGAAGGAGCUUUUAAGAAAAUGUUAG